AUGGCGCUAUUUCUUGUGGGGGGAGCCACUGACAACAACAACAACAACAACAACAACAACAACAACAACAACAACAACAACAACAACAACAACAACAACAACAACAACAACAACAACAACAACAACAACAACAACAACAACAACAACAACAACAACAACAACAACAAGUGGAUUCGCAGGGGUGGUCAUUGCAUGCGUCAUAGGGGGAGUCGACUUGGUUGGUUCACGUUCAAAAGUGAACGGAAAGGGCAAGCUGCUAACGAUGCCUUAAUGGUAAAAGAGGCCACUGAAGACCGCAGUGAGAGCGAACAGGUGCUGUUCCAACAGAGCGCUGUAGAUGCAACUAGGCCAGCUGUGAAUGAAUUGGCACAGUCAUCGUGUGUGUUCGUCGCAGGCAUUGUUAACAAGGUCGUUAACGAGGUGCAUCAGUACUGCUGA